UUGAAACACAUGAGCUAAUACAUCCUCUAUGGACUUAUCUAUGUGGUGAACUGCUAGUUCUAUCGCCUCUCGCAUAUUGAUUUUGUUCUCUCUUCUCCUAACUCAUUCGGACUCAAGCAGAUCCAGUAAGGAAGGUUCUUCUCUCUUUUUGCCGGUGAAAAGCCACAGGUAGUAAAGACUCCCGAAGAUGGAACAAGGAUACCCCGGACAAGAAUCAGCUGCACCCUACCCUGGCCCUCCCAUGAACUAUGGAGUUGCAGCGCCCCCGCCUGGCUUGUACCCAUCCCCUAAUGCAGUACCCCAACCGAUUGGAUACCAAGGAGUAACAUCUACCACAGUGACUCACAUGGUAGUAACACCUGCCCUGGAAGAUGCCCCUGGACAUGCCAUGUGCCCCCACUGUCAGCAGACAGUGGUCACCCAGCUAGAGCGCACGGCAGGCCUGAUGACCUGGGCCAUCUGCGGAGGCCUCGCCAUCUUUGGAUGUUUUCUCUGCUGCUGUAUACCAUUCUGUAUGGACUCCUGCAAAGAUGUGGAACAUCACUGUCCAACCUGCCACAAAGUCAUCUACGUUUACAAGCGACUAUAAAUCGCUCCAGAUUGGGCAUUCGAUGCUCAUCAUGACAUUUUCAAGCAGUGAAUGUAUUUGACAAAGUAAGGGCUAAGGUCUUCUGUGUAGUGUGAUGUCUGUAUGUGACAUGGCAGAUGACAUGAAUACAUUAUUAAUCAGUCAGUGGAAAAACAUGUAAGGAAUAUUCAUUCAAUGAUAUGUGCAUUGUCUCUCAAGAAGACAAUUUUAACAAUGUUAUUAUGUUCUAUAAACAAAAAUAAACACACAUGCAAUUAUAAAUGA